CCCUUCCGCCGUUCCCCAAUCUCUCCAUUCCAUCGCCACACCUACCUCGCCGCCGCCGCCGCCGCCGCCGCCCCGACCCGUAUCCCUUGCCGCCAUGGCCUCCCCGGCGCCGGCGCCCCCCGCGGCCGCCGCGACCCACUCCCCUCCCCCGCGCAUCGGGCUCGCCGGCCUCGCCACCAUGGGCCAGAACCUCGCGCUCAACAUCGCCGAGAAGGGGUUCCCGAUCUCCGUCUACAACCGCACCGCCGCCAAGGUGGACUCCACGCUCGUCCGCGCGCGCGACGAGGGCGCGCUUCCGGUGCUGGGCCACCGCGACCCGCGCGGGUUCGUGCUCUCCCUCGCCCGGCCCCGCACCGUCGUGCUCCUCGUCCAGGCGGGCCCCGCCGUCGACGCCACCAUCGACGCCCUCACCCCCUACCUCGAGCCCGGCGACGCCAUCGUCGACGGCGGCAACGAGUGGUACCAGAACACGGAGCGCCGCAUCGAGGAGGCCGCGGCGCGCGGGAUCCUGUACCUCGGGAUGGGGGUGUCCGGCGGGGAGGAAGGCGCGCGGAACGGGCCCUCGCUCAUGCCCGGCGGCCACGUCGACGCCUACAACAACAUCAGAGACAUCCUCGAGAAGGCUGCGGCACAGACGGAGGACGGGGCCUGCGUCACCUUCGUCGGGCCCGGUGGGGCUGGCAACUUCGUCAAGAUGGUGCACAAUGGUAUCGAGUAUGGCGAUAUGCAGCUCAUCGCAGAGGCCUACGAUGUGCUCCGCAGAGUCGGGGGCCUGUCGAAUUCGGAGAUUGCUGAUGUGUUUGAUGAGUGGAACAAGGGGGAGCUCGAGAGCUUCUUGGUUGAGAUCACCGCAGACAUUUUCACUGUGGCUGACCCACUGGAUGGGAGCGGCGGGGCGCUGGUUGACAAGAUUCUCGACAAGACUGGGAUGAAGGGGACUGGGAAAUGGACGGUGCAGCAGGCCGCAGAGCUAGCAGUGGCUGCACCCACCAUUGCUGCAUCGCUUGAUGGGAGGUACUUGUCAGGGUUGAAGGAUGAGCGAGUCGCAGCUGCUGGUGUGCUGGAGGAGGAGGGGAUGCCAGCCGGGCUGUUGGAAAAAAUCAAUGUUGAUAAGAAAGUGCUGGUGGAUAGGGUGAGGCAGGCGCUUUAUGCAUCGAAGAUUUGCAGCUAUGCGCAGGGCAUGAAUCUGAUACGAGCCAAGAGCGUGGAGAAGGGAUGGAACCUUAACCUUGCGGAGCUUGCCAGGAUCUGGAAGGGUGGGUGCAUUAUCCGUGCAAGGUUUCUUGAUAGGAUCAAGAGGGCAUACGACAGGAACCCUGAGCUCGCCAAUUUGAUUGUCGACAGAGAGUUUGCAAGGGAGAUGGUGCAGCGACAGAAUGCGUGGAGAUGGGUUGUAGCACGGGCAGUGGAGGCUGGCAUUAGCACUCCAGGAAUGACUGCUAGUCUUUCCUACUUCGACACCUACAGGUCCAGUAGGUUGCCUGCAAAUCUGAUCCAAGCGCAGAGGGACCUGUUUGGGGCACACACCUAUGAGCGAAUUGAUCGUCCGGGUUCAUUCCACACUGAAUGGACCAAGCUGGCAAGGAGGAGCAAUGGUGCAGCCAUUUGAGGACUUGGUAUCAGCAGUUCUGUCAGUUACUCUGGGUGAUGUCUCUUUGUGGGUUCUCUUUCAUUUCACUAUUGUUGUCUCUAUGAUCCUAGAUCUGAGUUGUGUACUUCGAAUGAAUAAUGAUGUAUUGUGCUGUUUGCACGCGAAGAACAUUGUGUAGCUUCAGUUUUACUUUGGUCUAGGUACACCCAGUUUGAUAUGCUUAAUUUUGGUUGCAAUAACAAUAAUGCCUCUCAAAUGAUGCUGUCUUUGAA